AAACUCAAGCAAGCUAUGUCAAUUAGAAUCAUAGCAGUUUUCAAUUCAUUCAACCAUCCCACGCCAAUGCUUCUGUCUCUCAAGCCUUUGAUGGAUCGCAAGAUCCAACCACUUUUUCCAAUUGUAUUGUAUUCAAUUCUAAUCUUAGCAGUUGCAAGGUUAGUCCUAGAUAACUUGAGGAUCAAGCAAGGGCAUGUUUUUCGACUAUAUGACAUGUCAUCUGGUGGAAAGAAUAGAUUACCAGUUGUCGUGUCGCCAGAGGAUCGCAUUGCGGAGGAAUGCAAUGUGUUUGAAGGGACAUGGGUUUGGGAUAAUGUGUCUCAUCCUCUUUAUGAAGAAGAGAGUUGCCCUUACUUGGUCAAGCAGACCACUUGCAAGAAAAAUGGGAGACCUGAGUCUUUCUACAAGAAUUGGAAGUGGCAGCCACAUGGAUGUAACCUUCCAAGAUUUGAUCCUUUGAAGUUGUUGCAUGUGUUGAGGAAUAAAAGAAUAAUGUUUAUUGGAGAUUCAUUACAAAGAGGCCAAUUUGAGUCUAUGAUCUGUUUAGUGCAAUCUGUAAUUCCUGAAGGAAAGAAAUCACUCAAAAGAAUUCCACCUAGGAAGAUCUUCAAAUCUGAGGAUUUCAAUGUAUCGAUCGAGUACUACUGGGCUCCAUUCCUGGUUGAAUCGAUUUCAGAUCAUGCAACAAAUCAUACAGUACAUAAAAGAAUGGUGAUGCUUGACUCAAUAGCUAAGCAUGGCAAACAUUGGCAAGGAGUCGACUUUUUGGUGUUCGAGAGUUAUGUUUGGUGGAUGCACAGCCCUUUCCUCAAUGCGACAUAUCGACCACCAUACCAAGUUCAAGAAUAUAAUGUCACUACAGCUUACAAGUUGGCAUUGAAAACAUGGGCAAAUUGGUUAGAAUCGAAUAUCCAACCGUUUAUCCAGAAUGUCUUUUUCAUGAGUAUGUCUCCUACACAUUUGUGGAGCUGGGAAUGGAAUCCAGGAAGUGAUGAAAAUUGCUUCAAUGAAUCAUAUCCAAUCCAAGGUUCAUAUUGGGGUACAGGCUCAAAUCUUGAGAUUAUGAAGAUAUUACAUGAUUCACUACAGAAACUGAAAAUAGAUGUCACCCUGUUGAACAUCACCCAGUUAUCAGAGUACAGAAAAGAUGCUCACACCUCAGUUUACGGCGAGCGAAAGGGCAAGCUCCUGACCAAAGAACAGAGAGCUAACCCGAAAUCUUUUGCUGAUUGUAUUCACUGGUGUUUACCUGGAGUUCCUGAUACAUGGAAUGAAAUACUAUAUGCAUAUCUGUUGAAGAACUAUCAAAACUUUUCCUAACAUCAUGUUUAAUGACAACCACGACUGAAAAGCACAUGCAUCACACAUAUGAGGGAAACAUUCAUAAUUUUUUAUAUAUUAGUACACCAUUCUAUUUUCUUUUCUUUUUGAGCACAUUUUGGAUUGUAAUCAGAAAAUCGAUUAACUAACUAUCAAUGUAGACAUACACUAUCUGUAAACAAGGGAAAACUUUGCAGACCUGUAGAGCUUGAGAAAAGAAUUUAAGAAAGGGAAUCUUUUCUAAGAAGUCUUGUCAGUAACUCAAACAGCAAAUAGUUUAUUAUUUUAGCAUGUUAUUCACGGAAACCUAGACAAUAUAAUUUCAGCAAGCACAGUCACUUUUGACAUGCACAAGUGCAAAUAAAUGAUGCCUUAGCAUUUGUUCCUUAUUUACAUCACGUGCCACCUGAUUGUAUUUAUAGUAGCUCCCACUCUAUUUCAGAA